GACAUCAUUGCUGAUGAUAGCCACGACCACUGUAUCGGGAAAACGCGAAUUCUGUCUUGUCACUGACCUGUGGACCCAAAGUGUGCGGCACUUUGACACGUUGCGCAAGUGGGGGACACACGUCCUCCACUUUUUCUGGCACGCGCGCUGUAACGCCUGCCCAGUUCCUUCAUAUUGAAAAUACAUUUGUACCCCUUGAGCCACGUGUAAAGAAUCCAAUCCAUUCUCAUAUCAUCCAACGGUUCGUCGAUUCGCAGGUUGACUAUAAAAGACCUUCUUCUUCCUCCGUUCUCUCCUUCGCUGCGCCGCACCUCUGCUUCUCUCUCUUUCCAAAAUCCCCAUUACCAAACACGCUUCUGCGCCCGUGCUUACUUCCCGACCGCAGUCAAUCCCGUUGGAUGCCGCCGCGGUCAAGGCUCACCAAACACACCUCCCCCAUGGCCACGGAAGACCUGCAGUUCUCCGAAUGGGAGAGAUCUAAGAUCUCCAAUCAAGACAUGAACCUGCUCAAGAAGCUCGGGUUCAUGAAGCAGGAGAAGACGCUGAUCUUCCCCGGCGAGGAGAGCUACCCCAAGCCGCGCAUUGGAUACCGGGUAACCUUUGUUGACCACCUCAUCCACGGCUUAGCUACGCCGAUCCACGAAUUUCUUCGUGGAUUACUCUUUGUUUAUGGUCUGCAACUCCAUCAUCUCACUCCCAAUUCCAUCCUUCACAUCUCCAUCUUCAUCACCCUCUGCGAAUGCUUUCUCGGGACCCCUCCUAACUGGGCCUUGUGGAAACGCAUAUUCCUUGUCCGCCGCAACAGCUCCCACACCACCGCCUAUAAUGUAGGUGGUGUAGUUAUAUGCAUCCGCCCUGAUGUCGAAUAUUUCGAUGUCAAGUUCCCUGACUCUGUUCAAGGGUGGCGCAAAAGAUGGCUUUAUGUCCAGGAGGCGUACAAUGACGCGCAGGAGUACAAUAUCGCUCCUUUUGAUGGUGGCGAGAAAAUCGUUCGUCGUCGUUCAUGGGAUGCUGAAGUUUCUGAUGAAGAAAAAACGGCGACAGAAGCACUGAUGUCCCGUAUCCAUGAACUCCAAAAUACCCGAGGCAAAGAAUUGUCGGGUAUCCAGAUUACCGCCUACUUCCUUAGGAUUAGGGUGCAGCCCCUACAGGCUCGCAAAAACCCUAUGUGGUUAUAUGCUGGCGAGAAAGAUGUCGAUCGCCUAUCCAAAGAUCUCUCUGUGAACGAUUUGGAAAAGCUUGUCCGACGUGUUUCGUCGUUAAGCAAGAAGAAAGAUUCAAUUCCAACCUCCUGUGGCGUGAAACCAUAUAGUGGUACCAACACCCUUCCCAAGAAACACCAAUUUCUAUCUUCUCUUCCCCCUCUGCCUGAAGACGGGGAAGUCGAAGAACGAACCGUUGUCACUGACGACAAUCAGGGUACUUCUCGCCCUGAGAGUGAAGUUGCGGGUUCUCAUAAAUCCGCGGCUUCCUCUGAAGAAGUUGAAACCGAGGCUUCCGAGUCUUCGCGUUCACUCCCCUUAGCUGCUUCUCCGAAGAAUAAGAGAAAGAGGGAGGAGCUCCAAGAUUCCGGCACCUCCAAAGCCGGGAAAUCUCCUAUCGAGGAGACUUCUCCCGAGAAAGAGGGGAAAACCUUCAACCCUUAUGACGAUGCUCUCGUUAGCUCUGGCGACGAAGAAGAGGACCCCAUUAUUAAUGUAACUGCUCACACGAGCACGUCGCAUACCUUGUUGCUGUCCGAUACUCACCCUGCUUCCGAAGAAACCUCGCCUCCCCAGCGAGAUAUAGGGGACUUGACUCCUCCCGGCAGCCCCCGUGCCUCUUCGCCGAAGAGAGCAAGGACUGAACCUGUCGAAGGAUCAAACCUUGUGCCUGGGAGUUCGUCGACUUCUGCUCUGGAUGAUCCUUUGAUGCAACAAUUUAUUCGUCUUAGUACUCAAUUUAUUGGGUACCGCGACCAUGCGAAUAGUUUGGAAGAGGCUCUCGCCAAAGCCAAUAAGCGCACCGAUGAUCUUGCUCUCGAGCUGGCCAAGAGCGAAAAAGCUCGGGAAAAGGCGGAGCGCGAAUCUGCCUCAGUUGAGAGUCUUCGAAAGAGGCUCCAUGACACUGAAAAUGCUCUGAGUGAGCAUACAUCCCGACAACUUGCUCGUGAAGCUGGUAUCGCCGCUCGCUUAGAGUCGCAGAAUCGACGUUUUGUCACAGGGAAAAUGGGCCAAGAAUAUCAACUUGAAAAGCCCGAAGAUGAUCGCCUCCUCGACGCCCUUUCUCUCCUCGAAAUUUAUGGGGACGAGGUGCGCCAAAGCGUCUCUGAUGCCAAGGCGGCAUUUUCGCGGCUUUUCCCCUAUUUUUUCCCGAAGACAAAUGAACCCAACACUUUUGCUGCGCUUGCCAAGCGCUUCAAUCCGAAAGAAGAUCUUGGGCUAGUUCUUCGGCAAGAAAACCUCAAGAUUGGCGUUGAAGGCACCAUUGCGUUGGUUGCUGAGAGCCAACAAAGCGUCGACUGGACGAAGGUUGGUGACGUGAAGAGCAUGGAAACGAAGAAAUGGCAAUCACUGAUCAAGGCUGCCAAGCCAAACUCGAAGAAAAUCCUCUCCUUCCUCGGAUACAAGCCAACGCCUUCCUCCAGUUCCGCCAAACCGGAGGUCAAGUAGAUUGCCCUGCCUUUCUUUUUCCUUUCUUUUGAUGACUGUCGCCAUAGAUGUAGCUUGCGACAGCGUAUGGUUGGUUCACUAGGACCCAGCCUUUUGGAAGAACCAUGUAAAUAUAUUUGAGAAUUAAUGGAAGUCUGUUUUGCGUGAUAAUUGAUGUCGAAAUUUUCUUUCCAGUUGGUAUUUGACAACUAUACUCCAACUCCUCGUUCCUCCGAUGCUUUGCCUGCUU